GAAAUUAUAGGCUAAACUCUAUACAUGUGAUUAGAACGUGGUAACUGUUAAAGAGCAUUUCAAAUGGCACUCGGGACAUUGAUGGCCCCCUACUGCGGAGACCGGAGCGCGUGACCGCAAUUAACAAGAGGAACAAAGACCGCCUGCGCUCGCAGAGAUCCAAGGAAUUCAACAGCAGGACCUGACGUCAGAAUCCCGUAUUUUGCAGUUGAUAUGGAGUAGAAUAUUUAACCAUGUUCCUGACUUUAGUUUAGGGUUAACCCCCCCCCCCGCAAAAUACUUUUGUUUUAACUUUGCGAGAGAGUCAUUGAGCAGUGAUAGCAUGACAAAUUCGUUUUGUUUUUCUUGAGAUUGGAAGGCUCAUAGGUCUCUCCUCGCAAACAACAGGGGAAGUGCCCCCUGUCCUUUGUCUGCUUCGGGUGUUUUUAAAGUAUUCGACAUGGACAUUUACGGAUACAAUGGUGUUUUUCUGGUCAAAAGACCGUUUAAUAAUGCAGUUUUUGAGAUUUCGAAUAUUACGAAGGCGAACCCUCAGGGAUGCGAUAACGGGGCUUUGACAAACAGAUUCGGAGUCUUGAUUCAAGGGUUGCUGGCCAUAGUUGCCUUCAGCACAUUGAUGGUGAAGAGGUUCCGUGAACCCGUAGGGAUCAGAAGACCAUGGAGGAUCUGGUUUUACGACAUGUCCAAGCAGGCGAUUGGCGCUCUCUUCAUCCACUUCGCCAAUGUGUUCCUCUCCAACCUCACAGAAAUGGACCCCUGUUCCCUGUAUUUGAUACAUUUCCUGCUCGAUGCCACACUAGGCAUGUUGGUCAUCUGGGCAGGGGUCAAGGUUGUCUCCAGGAUCGUGGAGUACAAGCAGUUCGCACUGCUCACCUUUGGAGAAUACGAUCCUCUCAAGCUCUGUCAGGUUGGAUGAGGAGCGUGGAUGAGGAUCCUUUCAUCAAGGAUCUCUCUGUACUUUGCUCCUUUCAUCUUUCCCUCCAUCCUAAAUAGUCUCCCAAUCCCUGCUGCUGAAAAACAUCCCACAGCAUGAUGCUGCCACCACCAUGCUUCACCGUAGGGAUGGUGCCAGGUUUCCUCCAGACGUGACGCUUGGCAUUCAGGCCAAAGAGUUCAAUCUUGGAUUCAUCAGAGAAUCUUGUUUCUCAUGGUCUGAGAGUUCUUUAGUGGCCCUUUGGCAAACUCCAAGCUGGCUGUCGUGCCUUUCACUAAGGAGUGGUUUCCGUCUGGCCACUCUACCAUAAAGGCCUGAUUAGUGGAGUGCUGCAGAGAUGGUUGUCCUUUUGGAAGGUUCUCCUACCUCAACAGAGGAACUAUGGAGCUAUGUCAGAGUGACCAUCGGGUUCUUGGUCACCUCCCUGACCGAGGCCCUUCUCCCCUGAUUGCUCAGUUUGGCCGAGCAGCCUGCUCUAGGAAGAGUCUUGAUGGUUCCAAACUACUUACAUUUUUAAGAAUGACGGCGGCAACCCUGUUCUUGGGGACCUUCAAUGCUGCAGACAUUUUUUGGUAUUGUGUGUAGAUUGAUUUGGUAUUUUUUUUUAAAUGUAAUCCAUUUUUAGAAUAAGGCUGUAACAUAACAAAAUGUGUAAAAAGUCAAGGGGUCUGAAUACUUUCUGAAUGUAAUAUGGUGGUUUAUUAUGCCAUAAAAGGCUUUCCAUAAAGCGUGUGAGGUUCUGGAAUUCCGCUAUGUUGUGAUAAUAUAUGGUGGAGCAGUGGUCUGGGAAUAAAGUGGAAUUUUAUAGCCGUGGGUUGGAAAUAACAGCACACCAGACCUGGACACAUCACCUCAUCCUGGCCGACAGCUGCUCACGUAUCUGUGUGACGAUGUCUGUAUGUUUGUGUAUCUGUUCCUUGACGUGUUUCUCCCUCAUCCAGGUCCUGUUGCCCGUCGACACAGACGCUGAGGAGGAGGAUAGUUCAACCAUGGAUCUGAGGAGGGUACCACUCUAGCCUCCCUGUAGUGGGCAUAACACCUAGCUGGGUGGAGGUGUAGCUCUGGUAUCCUUCUCUACAAGACCCUGACACACACGCUGACCCGCACCACACACAAACAAAUCACACGCAUUUGCUUUUUUCCAUUGUACACAUCCCAAUGAUGUCUUUGAUGAUGACUUGGCUGUUAGAGGAUGUUGAAUGUUAUAUUAACUAUGCUUUAUGAUGGAGGGGGCUAUAAGCUUGGUGGGGGCUAUAAAGUGUCUCGUAAUGGAGAUGAUUAGAGAGCACAGUGAUGAUGAAAGAGUAAAUCUGUCCUCUCUCACGGGGGGAUUUUGUGAAAAGGGUGUUUGUUGAUCUCCAAAGAGCUCCGUGACAUACCGUAUCAACUUCUAAAGAGUAGCGGUAAGGUGUCAGUACAAUCUCCUCUGUUUUCCUUCAUCAUACAGAUAACUGCUUAGUUCAAACCUCGACAUGCAUCAUCUAAUGAUCUGUAAUUAAAUACGUUUUGGACCUGUA